UUUAGCCCCAAACCGAUUUGGACAAAGCAGCCUGUUUCCAAUCCAGCACUGUACCAUAAAAAAAUAGCAUUUGACCAUUGGAAAUCACGGAAAAUUAAUCCACACAACAAUGCCGCAUUCAAUCAAGGCUGAGCCGCCGUCAUCCCAGCCGGGCGUUAUGGACGAACCGAUGGAUGAUGCGGGCAUCCCCAACACCGUUACCACCAACGCAGCCGACAAUGACGAUGACGACGAUAUCGACAUGCUCGAGAUCAAGAGCCCUCCCCCCAGCGGUAUGGCGCCUAAAGAAGAUCUGACACUCGACGCAUCGCUGUUCCCAGACGACGAGUCCGACGAGGAGUUCCCGAGCUCUAUGCCCAUCAAAGUUGCUCCAUCGAGUCCAAUGAAAAUGGCCGAUCUUCCUACCGAUGUCACAUCUAUGAAAGCUUCCGACCCUGAAGUCAUGCGCAGUUUCUAUCAGCGCCUGUUCCCUUGGAGACCGCUGUUCCAGUGGCUGAACCAUGGACCCGUGCCCUCCAAGGACUACAUGAACAGAGAGUUUGCAUUCACACUCAGCAACGAUGCCUAUCUGCGUUACCAGUCUUUCAAAUCAUCAGAUACCCUCCGAUCCGAUGUCCUCCGCCUCAUGCCCUCCCGUUUCGAAAUCGGCCCCGUAUACAGCGCAAACCCUCGCGAUAGAAAAACUAUUGGCCCCAGUUUCAAGCCUCUAGCCAAGGAACUCUGCUUCGAUAUCGAUUUGACAGAUUACGACGACAUCAGAACGUGCUGUGACAAGGCAAACAUCUGCAACAAGUGCUGGACGUUUAUGACAAUGGCGAUCAAGGUCCUUGAUGUUGCGCUACGAGACGAUUUCGGCUUCAAGCACAUCAUGUGGGUAUACUCUGGUCGUCGUGGUGCCCACGCCUGGGUCUGCGACAAGUCUGCUCGAAGCAUGGACGACCAGAAGCGCAAGGCCAUUGCUGGGUAUCUGGAGGUCAUCAAGGGCGGUGCUCAAAGUGGAAAGAAGGUCAACGUGUGGCGCCCUCUGCACCCUCAUCUUUCACGAAGCUUGGAUAUUCUCAAGACACACUUCCAGGAAGACGUCCUGGCCGUCCAGGACCCCUGGGACAGCGAGGAGCGUUUCCAGAAACUCCUUGCUCUCCUCCCGGACCAUAAGUUGAACGAAUCGCUACGCAAGAAGUGGGACGCCGCGCCUGGCCGCAGCUCAACAUCCAAGUGGCUCGACAUUGACGCCCUCGCUAAGACGGGUGCCAGCAAGAACCUUGAUGCAAAGGCGCUUCUGGAAGCCAAGCAAGACAUUGUUCUUGAAUACACAUACCCACGUCUUGAUAUCGAAGUCAGCAAGAAGCUCAACCAUUUGCUCAAGAGUCCCUUUGUCGUGCAUCCCGGUACAGGCCGUGUCUGUGUGCCAAUUGACACCUCAAGCUACGACACCAUCGAGGCCUUUGACCCCAUGACCGUUCCUACCGUACAGGCGCUUUUGGGCGAAAUUGACUCUUGGAAGGGCGACGAAGCAGAUGGCAAGACGGUGGCUGACUGGGAAAAGACAUCUCUCAAGCCCUACAUUGAGUAUUUCAGAACAUUUGUUGCCAAGCUUAACCGUGAUGAGGAGCCGGGCAAGGUGAAGCGUGAGCGAGAGGAUGACGGCAUGGACUUUUAAACAGGGCAGGAUAGGGCUGGAUUGUAUAUAUUAAUGUCGUUUGGGGGCUUUGAACUGGCGUACUUGAUGCUUCCUUGGAACCAUUUUUGAGCAAGAAUGAAAUUUGAAUAUGAAAUUGGGUAUUUACUAUGCUUUUUUUUAACAUGAUAUGCUGUAUGCUAUGAUUGCGUCUUUGAUUCGCCAGCCACGAGCUUGCCAGCUUCGGCUUGCGGUUCAUCCUCCUCAUUAACAUUCUCCUGCUGUUCUUCCUCUUCUUCGUCGUGGUUCUCCUCUUCCUCGCCCUCCUCACCCUUUAAGCGGCCACCCUUGCGCUUAGGAAUGACAGCCACAAAGGCCUUACCCCAAUCCUCAAACUCAAGCCACUUGAGCAUAAUGUCCACGACAUGGUUCGUCGCGAGCACCGUCCGGCUCUGCAUCACCAUAAACUCGCCAAUUGGCAGCCUAGCCGUACGAAUACCCAGUUCUCGCGCGCGGCGGUAGCAUAGGCCCUUUUCACGGUUCUUAUCAACCAGUCCGCCAAUCACGUAGCUCGUGUGAGGCUCUAGACGCUCCAGCGUGUACGGCGAGUCCGACGACAAAUACACCACGUCCUUGUACUCCUCGUUCAAUGGUGGCUCCGGGUCGUCCAGCGGGAACGGGUCCACGGGGUCCUUUGUCCAGGCCACAGGCUCGUCCACACUCUUCUGUAGUGAUGGGAUCAUCUCGCCCGGCUUGUCGACCAUGCCUUGCCGCGCCUUGACGGCCGCCUCGAGGAAGUUGCCCUCGUGGAAGUUGACGCCUUUCCAGUUCUUCUGGACGCUGCGCAGCGUGCCGUCGAAUCGCUGCUGGAGACGGCCGUUGAAGCCGGCAAUCCACAGGUGUGAGCGGUACUUGGCGUUGCGGUUGUCCGAGUAGGCCCGCGUCACUUGGCUGGAAAGCGAGAUGCCUUCUUUCUCCGUCAUGUACUUUUCAAAGUCGCAGUCAAAUAGCAGUGUGACGGGGACCAGUGUAGCGGGUGUACGUUGCAGAACGAAGGAUGCCGGGUCAGCGCCAGCAGCGAUCUGGGCUUCGCGGUCCGCGCGGUUGCGAGCUCGACGCUCCACGCGCUUGUCACGGCGCUUCUGUCGUCGCUCUUCGAUUCCAUUGUCCCAUUUCUCCUGCUUGCGCAUGCGCUUGAGCGCCUUCUUAGACAUGGGCUUCACCUCGCCGUCGGCUGUUACUUGGUCUGUGGUUCUUUGUGUCUGGAGCUUGGGCUCUGGAGCUUCCACUGGCAGCUGUGAGGGGGCUUCGGAAGCCAUUUUAUAAAAUGUUGUGCGGAAUUGGCGGCAAUUGUCCAAUAUAGCAAGGCAGCGAUGAGUCGUAUAAGAGAAAAUCCUGCGCACCGGCAAUAACGGGCUCGUUGGGCAGAAAUACACCAGGUUCCAGGGUACUCGUGCAGCUGCUCUCAUAAAAUACGGUUGUCUCUAAAACCAAGGAAAAAGGAGAGAAUUUCCAGGAAUUAAAAACCAAGCCGCUGCUUGCACAGGGUGCUGAACCCGAAAAAGAGAGUCCAAAGCGAGGGCCACAGCUAGUACAGUGAGGUUGAUAGUGGGCCACCUGCGCA